AUGAUUGCGGAACUGAAACCCCUUCCACAAUUUACAAGACGCUGUCAACGCAGUAAACAGGGUCAAUUCAUCGAGUUGGUCACCUACGGCCGAGCAAUGACACUAAAAAGGAUAAAUGUGGCCAUGAUGCCUGGCCAUACGAUCAGCCAUUCCAGGCUUCUGCUCGCAUCGGUCGAGGCCGGCAGUCAGUUGGGCCGAGAUAUGAGUCAAGAGGAGAGCCCAUCCUUUGCGCCAACUCAACUGGACGAAAGUAAAGGGACUCGGCUUCUCACUGACAGGCAACAGCCGAGCAACCAGCUCCGUCGUCCGAGGCUGCUAAUGGAACGGCGACCGGUCAGCGAAAGGAAUCUGGCCACCGAGUCCGCACAGCGAGCUGCUCGAGCAACGUCCUGGCAGGGACGGCGACCACAGCACCGACAGCCGGAGUCAUCUGCCUCCAGAAGCAGCUUGUUGCCAUGUCAAAUCAGUAGAGAUGCUGACUCGUCUGCCAGACGCCUGACCAGACGAAGCGUCCGGAUAGCUCGACCCUUCUACCCGGGCCUGCUGGCUGAGGAGUCAAAUGCAACCGCCACACCUGCAGAUGAAAGUGGCGCCCCGUCCUUCUUCCUCCAACCCAGCCCUCAAGCAGACCAGCCGAUCGGAUGCCCGAACACAAGAGUCACGGAUGCCCUCGACGAUGGCAUUUUUUUACAGACUCACCAGCUGCUGUCGCCUUUGGUCAGGCAGCGAUCUGUCUCCACGAUCAAGACGCCGGCGGUCACUUCUGUUAAUAUAGACAGACCAAAGACGGUACCACCGAAGCUGUCGAGACGAAUCAGAGGUGGCAUCGAGGGCUCAGAUGGUGCGUACUCCUCUUCACUUUACGGCCACAGUCUAGCCCAGAACAAAGGUGGGUGUCAUGCCAGGUUGAAUCGCUAG